ACUUCCGACAGACCGGCCCCGUCAGCGCCUCCUCUCACAGCCACCGGCAUUCCGGUUGAUCCGAUCAUGAUCAGCAAUAAUACUCCUCAUUCCCCAGUGCCUUGGUCCACUGGGCUCUGCAACUGUUGUGAAGAUGUUAGCAGUUGUUGCUUGACGUGUUGGUGUCCAUGUGUGACAUUUGGACGCAUUGCAGAAAUUGUGGACAGGGGAUCAACUUCUUGUGGAGUAAGCGGGACUAUUUACAGUUUGAUGCUGUGCUUGGUGGGUUGCUCGUGCUUGUAUUCGUGCUUCUAUCGAUCCAAACUGAGAGGGCAAUAUUUGUUGGAGGAGAGGCCCUGCACAGAUUGUUGCGUCCAUUUUUGCUGCGAGGAAUGUGCUUUGUGCCAAGAGUAUAGGCAGCUUCAGAACCAGGGCUUUGACAUGUCCAUAGGUUGGCAUGGCAACGUCGAAAGGCAGAAACGACUGGCUGCAACAAUGGCAUCGCCAUCGCCAUCGCCAUUGCCUCCACAGCUUCAGUCUGGCAUGACGCGUUAA